UGUCCUUUGGAUCAUGGUUCGAGCACAUUCGUGGCUGGAUGUCCAUGAGAUGCAGGGAGAACGUCCUGCUGCUGAGUUAUGAAGAGCUGCAGAAGGACCCAAGAAGCACCAUAGAGAGGAUCUGUCAGUUCCUGGGAAAGAAGUUAAAUCCAGAAGAACUGGACUCAGUCCUCAAGAAUUGCUCCUUCCAAGUCAUGAAACAAAACAAGAUGUCCAAUCUUGAAAUCUUGCCUGAAGAAUUCUCUUCUAGGCAUUUCAAAAUUACAAGAAAAGGCAUCUGUGGGGACUGGAAGAAUCACCUCACAGUGGCCCAAGCUGAAGCCUUUGAUAAAGUUUACCAGGAGAAGAUGGCGGGUUUCCCCAAAAAGCUGUUCCCAUGGGAGUAA